UCUCCACUACCUAUUCACUAGCUUCGCCAAACACGCCAGAGCCCUGAUAUACACGACAUUGUAAACCUCGUUCGGCCGCCGCCUCUUUCGUCCUCACUAUGCCAAUAAUCAAAACUUGACGAUAAUGACGAGAUUAGCGGCGGCAUCAUCUCCUUUGUCUCCGCGACACGGUACUCCUGGCUCGUCUGUACCCUCGUCUCGGAGCGAAGAGAACGACAGACCAAUACCGACAACGCCGGUCUUUGACAAUCAUGCCGGAACGCAACCUUUAAUGGUCCCCGGCCUCGGCCUGCCGUUGAAUGCAGAGCCGCCGUCGGAUCAUCGCUUUGCCCACCCUUUCGGGGACUGGUGCCAAGACAGACUCACGGGUAUGGAGCUGUCCAUGAUGAUCUGCAUGAACCUCGUUACGGACGGGCCUGGCUGGCACAAGAAGAUCAUGGACGAUGACAGCGCCCGGGCCAUGAUUGAUAAGCAGCACACCUUUAUGCCACUUAGUCAAAAAGCCAAAGACUGGUGCUUGCUGGAGCUGCGUGACAAGGCCCGCGCCUUUGAUGAAGAAACGGGAUAUGUCACUGUGUAUGAAUCCGCUUCGCAGGUUUGCAAGACUGACAAAGCAGUCUCACCGAGUCUUCUCACCCGCUUCACACAGGGCAUCAAGCAUCUGGUAGCCACAGAGGACAUACCAUUUGGCGGCUGGCGAUUUAUGCGCCUGCUUGUAAACCCGUCUGCCUAUCCAUUGGUCUACGGCACGUCGCCGAUUUUGGUGGACGGCAGUAAAACUACUGAGUUGGAUGACGAGCCCACCAUUCCAAAUAUGAGCAGUCUUGCCACAUUUCCUGCACAGAACCACAUUGUCUUUUCUGACGAGGCCGCUAAAGCGCAAACGAAAACAGAUCAUCAAUGGCUCCCAUGCGAAGUGUCCUUUAUAGAGGCUGGUGAGAAAGACGUGGCACCAAAAGUCAAAAUCACAUCUUAUAUCAACGGUAUCCCAUACCAUGGCCACCAAGACUUGUACGAGAGCAUCGAAGAGCUCAUCUCCAUCUCCGUGCCCAUGUGGAACGAGGUUCUCCUCUGGAAGGACAAACCGCGCCACCCGCCGCGCAUUCUUACCUACGGUGCGGAGUGGGCAACGAAGUUGCCGCCAUGGGCCUCGAAGCUACCCGAGGCAGAUAAAGACCCUACUGGACCUCUGUACACUGCAAUGCUACCGCUUGUGAAAGAGUACCUGCGACGUCUUCCCCACCCCGUUUUUAGACAGGAUGACCUAAGGGCACAGAUUAUGACCCGCGACGAGCCUGAUGUUAUCCGUGGCACGCUGGCCGACGCCAUCGAACAGCAUUCGGAGUAUCUCCCUGAGCAUGUUCACCCUGAUCCGGGUAUAUCGUUCACCUACGAGGACUGGAAGCGAGGCGACGCAUAUACACCCAUUAUACCACCUGUGACGGAAGCAACAGCAUGGGUUGAGAGUCCAAAGCCAGAGAAGCAUCAGCCUUACAAGCCGAUUAAACUACAAGAGCAAUUCAAAGACGAGGGUCUACAAGUUAUUAUUGAGGUACAGCAGAUUGAGCCAGAUCAAAGAGCCACAUAUCUCCCAAUGUUUCCGUCCGGAAUCAACGGCUAUCGCAAUGAGCAUAUUGUGGCCACGAGCGUCAUGUACUUUGACUCGGUCAACACAAAUGCCACAAUGGCCCCUAUGAGCCUGAGAGCCCCGACUGUACUAUACCCGCGACUGUACCAGCCCGAUCUCUACUCCAGUUUCUUUGUCGAGCAAUACGGCAUCACAGAGGGCACUCGAACUCUUCCUCCUGGUAAUCCGCCUGCUGAAUAUCGCACCAUGCAGAGCGUUGGCCCAAUUGUGAUGCCCGACGGCCGCCUGGUUGCUUAUCCCAACGCACUGCAUCGAAGUAAUGCAUCAAUAUUCCUACACGAGAGAGGCCGACCCUACCACCGAAGAAUGAUUGCCAUGCACCUCGUGGAUCCGCACGUUCGCAUCUGCUCGACCAGGAACGUGCCGCCACAGCAGCAUGGCAAGCAAUGGCUCGAAGCGAUGUUUUCCCGAGGCAGAUGGCCUGGACGCAAGCUGCCAGUAGAACUUGUGCAGAUGAUUCUUAGCUAUAUUGAUUACUGGCCGCUGGCGGAAAACCAGGAAGUUGCGCCGUUUGGAUGGGGUGUAUCAGUAUACAGAUUAUAAAUAUGAACGCAAACCCAGACUUCUGUCUUCAAAACCAUACAACAAUUGCCGUCAACAGAGGUUCAACCCUUAAAACACGACAAAAACUUCCCAAUUUGUCGCUAUCAGCCGAGACAAGAAAAUAACAGCCGCACCAACAAGCAUCAUAAUGCCAGAAUAGAUCUUCAUACCCGUGUAGUCUCCAUGCCAUCUCUCUACAAUCGCACCGCCAAUCGGAUUCGUGACGAGAGCGCUCACAGACGAGAGAAAGAAGAGAAGCCCAAUGCGAUAGCCAGACUCAGACAGCGGUGAUAUCUUGACAAUUAGCGGAGCAAUCAGAGCAAUGUACGCCCCCGACGUGAACCCAAACAAGACGGAAAACACAAAGAUGGCAGCAGUGCUCGAGGCGGGAAUGUAAAAUGCAAGCACCAAGAUGCCGGCCACCGCGGAAACAGAAGUAAAUGUAUUGUAAACGCCAGCAAUAUCAGCAAUCAGGCCUGCGAAAACACGGCCAAAGAGGCUGCCGGCAUUCAUCGUCGCAACCAGAUAAUGCGCCAGGUCGGGAUCGAUACCAUGUGUCACAGCCUCGACCGUAAUAUAAUUAAUCGGGAUAAAGACGCCAAAGGUCAAUAUCAGAAACCCCAAAUUCACAAGCAUCAAUUUGAGAUCAAUAAAAGGACCAAGCAAGGCCUUUCGUGAUAGAGGACUCGGGUUGGGGGGCUGGCAAGCAGCAGCUGUCAAGUUUGCGACGACAAGCAUCCCAAGCACAAGAAAUGCAGAGGCACGCAUUGCCCACGCGAAACCAACUCUUGGAAUAAGCUCACGGAUCAUAAUGGGUAGAACCACGCCGCCAAAACUCGAACCGCUCGUCGCGAUGCCAUAUGCCAUGCCGCGCCGUUUGCUAAACCAGCCCGCUAUUAGUGCGGUAGCUGCUCAUAAAUUAGAUCUACAAAUAAUGUUUUGCAUAAGAUGAUGUGAAAUACCUGGUACGUAUAUCGCAGACAUGCCUAGGGAGGUGCAGAUGCCCUGUGCUAGCAGAAUCUGAUAAUACUGCGUCGAUAGCGACGUCAUCAUCAUGCCAACGACUUGGAGCAUCGAGCCGCCGAGGACCAAAUACCGGGGUCCGUAUAAGUCAUAUAAGCGACCGGUAAACGGAUUCUACCGCGUGUUAAUAGGACAGUUCGUACAAAAAGUUCUGGUAAGGGGACAUGCAGUAAGAUAGGCAAAGAAGAUUUGCAGUGAUGGGAUCCACGCAACAGUGCUGGCAGGAUAGUCCCGAAGCAGGACUUCCUGAUAAUAUCCUUGGAAUACACCAAUACCUGGCCAUGGUUAGGAUACGUUUGAAGGCUCAAUGGAGGAAAUGUGGAUAAAAUUUGGUUAAUG